UCUCUUCCCCCGAGUCCCCUCCUCGGAAGUAGACUCAUCUGUCUAUAUUCCGUUCUUUUAUUUUUAUAUAUUUUUUACAACGACCCCUUUUCCCCAACACGUAGCACCAUGGACGCCAGGAUGGACGACUAAACCGAAGAACGGGUCCCCGAUUUCACCCCUAAAUUUAUCCUUGGACCGAGUGGGACCGGAUGAAAUCCAACUGUGGUUUUCUCCGCUUCGCAGGGGAGGUAGCUGUAUCCAGUGGGGAGGUAGGCUCAACCAGGGGAAAGAAUGAAGUUCUUCGAACCCUGGGGACGCCAGAGGCUGUCUUUUCUUCUGGAAAAGGCCGCCUCUAGGGAAGCCAAGAUGUGGAAGGUCUACGUGCCAAAGAAGCCCUCCUCACAGGAUACAGACAUCUCCCCGGCCCAGCGGGAUGAGGCCGUGCGCUGGUUGACGGAGCUCCAUGGCAGGCUGCAGCUGUACCCAGAGACCCUGGUGUUAGCUGUUAGCAUCCUGGACCGCUUCCUCACUCCCAUCAAGGCCCGUCCAAAGUACCUGCGCUGCAUCGCCAUCGCCUGCUUCUUCCUGGCUGCAAAGACCUGUGAGGAGGAUGAGCGUGUGCCCUCUCUGAAAGAGCUGGCUGCCUCCAGCAGCUGUGGCUGUUCUCCAUCAGAGAUCCUGAGGAUGGAGAGGAUCAUCCUGGACAAACUGAACUGGGAUCUGCACACCGCCACAGCACUGGACUUCCUGCACAUCUUCCACGCGAUGGUGUUGUCGUGUCGUUCUGGGUUUUUGGACUCCAUGUUGGGACUGAACCGCUCUCAGCACCUCACCCUGCUCACACGGCGACUCUACCACUGUCUGGCUGACCACACGCUCAUACAGCUCAGAGGAUCCAUGCUGGCCUUGGCCCUCAUCACCCUGGAGCUGGAGACCUGCUGUCCUGACUGGCUGGCUCUUACCAUCGACCUGCUGAGGAAGGCACAGUUCGACAGCUCUGAGUUGAUUCGGAGUCGAGAGCUGGUGGCUCGUAGUCUGUCCACACCGAGAGCUUCCCUGCCUCCAAACACUGUCUACAUCUACCAACCCCUGCAGAGCCACACCACCCUGCAGCCUCCUGCCCAGGACUCCACCGUCCCCAGCUGCACACUGGGGAUCAUCACCUCCACCGCUGAGUCUUCCAGGGACCACGCCCUCGUCACCGCCGCCCCUUCACAGCUACAGACACCUGCUGGUGGGGAGGAGGAGGGGAGCCAGCUGCCCUGGAACUCCACCUGCUCCUCCGCCACCGACAGCAGCAUCCCAGCUCUACUCUCUCCACCUAAACACCUCCGCCAACUAAACCACCUGCAGAAGGUCACACUGCGCUGCAAGGCGUCCGCCAAGCGCAAGGUGGAGGAGAUGGAGGUGGAUGACUUCUAUGAUGGCAUCAAACGCCUUUACAAUGAAGACGUCACCGCAUCUACCGCCAUUGUCCAGGAGGGGGCAACACCUUCGACGGGGGCAAUAACAACAAUAACAACAGAUGGAGUAGGAGGAGGGGGAGGAGGUCUGGGUGUCUGCAGUGUCCUGUUGUCCCGACAGGAAGGCAGCACCUCUCCCUGCCCGCCUCUGCAGCCAGUCAGUGCCUCCUAGAGACCAAACAGAAACCUGAAAACCAAAACCACCUCAACUCUGACGUCAUCUUUACACUUCCAGAUCAACGUGACUUGUAGGCAGUUGUUUAGGCAACAGUGACGGGCAACUCCCUCAGCAAUAGGCAACAACCAGAAAGAGAAAUAUUUAAUCCAGUGUUCCCAUUUGCACAACACAGCAAUCUAAAGGCAGCUCCUCAGGAAAUGUUGCCCAUCACAGUUGCCUGAGAAAAUUGUCCUCAGCGUCACUCCUUCUAAAGUAACGUACAUUAAGAGAAGGAAAACACUGAUCUCACAAUAUAAACAGUGGAGCGAUACAGAUGAUUUCAGGAGUUAAGGUGGUUUUGGUUUCAGUCCCAACGACCCCAGCGUGACCUCGAGCUGUUCGGCUGUCCUGAGGUCAGCUCCCAUCAUCCCCUGCAACAGGACAACAGAGCCCAAAAAAAAUUAAACAUUCAAAAAAUAAAAAACGUGCUGCUGCUACUAUCUUAUUAAUGAUAUUUGUUGAACACACAUAUUACAAAAGGUUUAAAAAAAAAAAGAUAAAUAGAAAAGUUACCUUCAAAAAAACCUUGAAUUGACUCCUCCCCUCCCCCGCCUCGUCUCUCCUCUCUGUCCUGUUGUGGAAGAAUCUCGAAACUGUUUGUCAAUUUAUAUUUGUUGUUUCACAUCUUAAACUCUUCUUUCAUUUUAUAUAUUUAUGUUUUUAUUCUAUCUCCUUCCCUUUCCUUCCUAGGUCUGCAUGUUGUCAUCUCUAUUCCGUCUUUAGAGUCUAAAUCAAAUGUAUGACUGUUUCUGUAUAGACGAUUAUCUGUAUUACUCACCCAGAUAGAAAAAAGGUUUUUUUUUGUGAGUGAAAUUUGAUUGUUAAUAAGAUGCUAAUAUAAAUAUCCCUCCUAUGAAUCCCUCUGUUUUUCCCUCCCUUCUCAGCUUGUUGUGACGGCUUGACUGAAUGAACAGGUUGUUUUAUUCACCCACAAACUAAACAAGUCUCUUUGAAGCUGCUUGAUUAUGUCCUUAGAAUGUACAUGUUCUCCUCUUAAGCCGUAAAAAUUCUUGGUCAUGAGAACUUGUUGCUGUGAUUACAGCGCCAACAUCUAGGCUUUACAAACUUUGUUGUCCUCCUACAUAGAACAGGACCCUCGUACAGAACAACAGCCGGAGGGAAUCACAGUUCUAGUUUCUAUAUUCACAUGUAAUAAAACAACCUUAAGUUAUUUAAAGCGUUUUUAAUAUUAAGCUAAGAGACAGAAAUGUGGUUUUUGAGUUGAUGUCUGGGCUUCAGAAGAAGAAAAAUGUGACAAUCCUCUCUUUGAUGUUUAAAAAAAAUCUGCUAAGACAACAUGCUGUUUUUAUCUCUUGAAGUUCUGUUUAACAUAUUUUUACUCCUGCAAAAAGCUCUGUUGUUCCUGCUGUGGGAGCUGCUGGAGGCUGCUCCAGGCCCCUGAACGCACUGCGGCACCAAUAAAUGAAGAGAUACCAGGAUAA